AGACGUAAAGUUGAUGCGCUUUGCAGAAGUAGAAGGACAUUAUAACUAAAAUUCUGGGAUCACGACGGUGAUAAGGAAAAUGGAAAUCACUGAAAACAAGGAAGUGUUAGUGACAACAAAGUUUGACUAUGAUAGAGCAAGUGAACUCAGAGCUUUUGAUGACACAAAAGAUGGUGUUAAAGGACUUGUUGAUGCUGGUGUCACCAAGAUCCCUCUCAUAUUCCAUUUCCCACAUCCUCUUAAUGAAUCUGAGAGUGAUUCAGCUUCAAAUAGCACCAAACUUAGUGUUCCUUCAAUAGAUCUUGUUGGUAUUGAUGAAGAUCCAAGUCGAAGGAAAAUGGUUGUAGAGAAAAUUAGAGAAGCAUCUGAGACAUGGGGUUUCUUUCAAGUCGUUAAUCAUGGGAUACCAGUGAGUGUUCUUGAGGAUAUGAAGAAUGGAGUGCAUAGCUUCUAUGAGCAAGACCCUGAAGUGAAAAGAGAACUAUACACACGUGACCCUUUGAGACCUUUGGUUUAUAAUAGCAAUUUUGAUCUUUAUAGUUCACCAGCAGCUAAUUGGAGAGACACCUUUUACUGCUUCAUGGCUCCUCAUCCUCCAAAACCACAAGACUUGCCAUCAGUGUGCAGAGAUAUACUACUAGAAUACACAAAACAAGUGAUGAAACUGGGAAGUGUAUUGUUUGAGUUAUUAUCAGAAGCCCUUGGGCUGAAUCCAAAUCAUUUAAAUGACAUUGGUUGCAAUGAGGGACUCCUGGUUGCUUGCCAUUGCUAUCCUCGUUGUCCAGAACCAGAAUUGACUAUGGGUGCAACCAAGCAUACUGAUGAUGACUUUUUCACUGUGCUUCUACAAGAUCAUAUUGGUGGCCUCCAAGUUCUUCAUGAAAAUAGGUGGGUGGAUGUAUCCCCUGUACCUGGUGCUCUAGUAAUCAACAUUGGUGAUCUUCUACAGCUUAUAACAAAUGACAAAUUCAAGAGUGUUGAGCACAGAGUGGUGGCUAACCAUGUAGGUCCAAGAGUAUCAACUGCAAGUUUUUUUAGCACAAGUCUUCAGCCAUCAUCAAAACUUUAUGGUCCCAUUAAGGAUUUAGUAUCAGAAGAUAAUCCUCCAAAGUACAGAGAAACUACAGUGCAUGACUUUGUUGCAUACUCCAUCGCAAGAGGCCUUGAUGGGACUUCUCGUUUGCAACAUUUCAGGAUUUGAAACAUGUAUAAGGGUGCUUUAAAAUGUAUGUGUGCAUAAUUCUGAGAACUUAGUCGAAUAUAAUUUGUAUUCCAAAUCAACAAGAGACUAAUACCAAAUAAUAGAAUUUGAUUCUAUAAU